AUGUGUCUAUCUCAGUCCACUCAUAUCUAUCUAUCUAUCUAUCUAAGUCCACUCAUAUCUAUCUAUCUAUCUAAGUCCACUCAUAUCUAUCUAUCUAUCUAUCUAUCUAUCUAUCUAUCUCAGUCCACUCCUAUCUAUCUAUCUCAGUCCACUCCUAUCUAUCUAUCUAUCUAUCUCAGUCCACUCCUAUCUAUCUAUCUAUCUAUCUCAGUCCACUCCUAUCUAUCUAUCUAUCUCAGUCCACUCCUAUCUAUCUAUCUAUCUAUCUAUCUAGUCAGUCCAUCUAUCUAUCUAUCUCAGUCCACUCCUAUCUAUCUAUCUAUCUAUCUAUCUCAGUCCACUCCUAUCUAUCUAUCUAUCUCAGUCUACUCCUAUCUAUCUAUCUAUCUAUCAUCUAUCUAUCUCAGUCCACUCCUAUCUAUCUAUCUCAGUCCACUCCUAUCUAUCUAUCUCAGUCCACUCCUAUCUAUCUAUCUCAGUCCACUCCUAUCUAUCUAUCUAGCUAGCUAUCUAUCUCAGUCCAUUCAUUAUCUAUCUCAGUCCACUCAUAUCUAUCUAUCUAUCUAUCUAUCUAUCUAUCUAUCUCAGUCCACUCAUAUCUGUCUAUAUCUCUAA